AGGAGGAGCAGCAGUAGCAGCAGCACCAGCAGCAGCAGGAGGAGGGAGUCCGGUGAUGAAUGCACUGAUUGUUCAGGUGAAGGAAACUCCUGCUGUGAAGAAAAACCUCCUCAGUGUUUCUUCGUGUUCAGGAGUCGGAGGAGAAACUUUCACUUCUCAGGAUGAGUGACGUCCGCUUGGCUUCAGCCUCCUCCACCGUCUCCAAGGUAACAGGCCCGUCAACAGGAGGCAGUUCCCGCGACAACGAGCCUCCAGCCUUCAUCCUCCCUCCCCGCAACGCCCGGGUGGCCCUGGGGGGAGACGGCCGACUGGAGGGGAAGGUGCGUGGUCAUCCCGAGCCUCAGGUCACAUGGUACAGAGAGGGGAGGGCUGUGAUUGGUGGAGAGCGCUGUGUCGUGGAGCAAGGUGGGCGGGGCACCUUCAGCCUGGUGGUGGGCGGAGUCAGAGAGGAGGAUCUGGGCCGUUACACCUGCCAGGCAACCAAUCAGGCCGGCAGCCGGCAGGUUACCGUGGAGAUCCUUCUGCAAGAGAAUUCUGGGAAGAAAUAUGGCCUCCCGUCCUCCAUGAAAACAGGGUGUCGCUCUGCGGUCCCACUGAUGGAGAACAGGCCCAGUAUCUGGAGCGAGAGUCCGCCGAAGUUCGUCACUAAACCGAGCCGAGUGUUCGCCCAACUGGGACAGACCGCGAAGUUCUCCGCCAAAACAACUGGACGUCCACAGCCCCUGGUCACAUGGUACAAGGGGGAGGCGGAGCUUCAGUCUUGUGGGCGGGUCACUAUGUACGAGCGCUCUGGUCUGCACUUCCUGGAGAUACAGGAAGUGCAUGUGGAGGAUGCUGGAAGUUACAAGUGUUUGGUCACCAACAGUGCGGGAAUGGCGACCGCCACCGCUGCGCUCAACGUCCAGGGUGUUCCUGAUGACUCCUCCAGGACGGUCCACCCAGCCGAGGCCAGGAGCAGAGCUGCUCCCAGUGCUCCCAGUGCUCCCAGCUCCCAGGCAGAGCAGCCCAGACCCGCGGAGAAGGAGAAGCGGGGCCCCCUGUCUCAGCCCGGACCGGCAGCCUCCUGGAGGGGCAGACCUCUGGUGGCUGAGAGGAGAACUGCAGCUGCUCAGCAGGUCCAGCCAGUCGUCGGUCCUGUUCCAGUUCAGACCGGUUCAGUCCAGCAGCCAGCGAGCAGCUUAGACAGCAGCAGGGCUGCGAGGAGGUCGGUGUCGGGGUCCAACCUGCGGUUCGAGGCUGUUCCUCUGGACCAGGAGGCCACAGAGGGAGCACAGGUCACAUUCACCUGCCAAGUCUCGUCUGUUGCCGUUGCCUUGGUUACGUGGCUGAAGAACGGGGGGCCGGUGAGGACGGGACCGGGUCUGCAGCAGAGACAGGACGGUACCCGUCUGACUCUCACCAUGGAGAGAGUCAGACAGGUGGACCAGGGAACCUACAGGUGUCAGCUGAUCACUGCUGAUGGACUGACUGUUACCUCGGCAACAUGGACGCUCAGUGUCCACAAAAGCCUCCUUCCAGCUGAAACUCGGUCCUCGUACGUCGGGGGCAUGGCCUCGCUGACCAUCCAGAACGCAUCCCGGCAUGAUGAAGGCAGAGCGGAGAGCAGCGCCAGAGUCCAGGUCAAAGGCAGACUGCAGGGUCGCAGGUCAGAGGUCACGGAGGUCAGAGGAGCGUGUGAGGCUCCACGCUUCGUCCGCCGCCUCGCCGACCUGAAGGUGAUGGACGGCAGCAGAGUUACCAUGACGGUGGAGCUGACCGGUCACCCCCCUCCAGAGGUGGUGUGGCUCCAUGACGGACAGGAAGUGACGGAGUCUGAGGACUUUCACCUCCUCAGGGAGGAGAACCGCUGCACUCUGCUGAUCCAGGAGGUUUUCCCCGAGGACACUGGGACCUACAGCUGCCAGGCCUGGAACCAGUACGGAGAGGACCACACCCAGUCCCAGCUCACUGUGGAGGAGCCCCAGGACGGCGUCCAGCCCUGGUUCAUCACCAAACCCAAACCCGUGAGCGCUGUUGUGGGUCAGCACGUCCUCCUGUCUUGUGCCAUCGCUGGAGACCCGUUCCCCCAGUACACCUGGUCCACAGCUGACCUGAGCCGACCUCUGACCUCUGGAGGAGACUACGAACUGCUGCAGAAAGAGGAUGUGAUCUCUCUGCUGAUCAGGAGAGUUAAAAAACAUCACGCUGGCGACUACCUGAUCACACUGAGGAACAAUGUUGGGGAGUGCAGCGCUGUGGCCUGUCUGUCUGUCACCGAUGGAGACAGGACGAGAGGACGAGUAGGACGAGCAGCAGAGGGCAACAGCGCUGCAGCAGGAGGAAGAGGAGGAGGAGGAGCAGCUGGUGGGACCGCGGCGCUGAGAGGAGGUACCAGAGGAGGAGCAGGAGGAGGCGUGGAGCAGAGAAGCAGCAGCAGCAGCAGUGGAGUCAGUCGGCAGUGGCAGGAGGCCAACCAGGAGCAGAAGGAGAACCAGCAACUCCUGCACCUGCACAAGGAGGAGAAGAAGAAGAAGAAGGAGGGUGACCAGGACUCUCCUGCCGCCGCCGCUCCCCGAGGUCUCCUCAAACGCUGUGUGGACACCAGGGAGCGCGGCGAAGAGGAGCUGCGACAGAGGGAGGCGCAGCAGCUCGACUUCCGCUCCCUUCUGGGACGCCGAGCUUUUAGCACCAAAAACAACCAGGACGAGGAGCUGACGGAGGCCGGCCUCGCCACCGCCACUGCUGAGCACCGCCGCCAGAUGGAUUUUAAGGCCAACCUCAAGGGCGUCAAAGCCAAGACGGAGGAGGACCGCAAGGGGAACUCCCCUCAGCAGGUCGACUUCCGCGCCGUAUUGGGGAAGAAGGGCGCCGCCGGCAACAAGCCAGCCGAGACGCCCGGAAAGAACGCAGCCGACUUCCGAUCCGUCCUCGCCAACAAGAAGAAGCCGGCGAGCCCCGAGAAGAACGGGGAGAACGGGAAGACGGUGGUGAACAACUGCGUGGACGGAGGGAUUAACGAGAAGAAGAGUGGAGGAGGAGGAGGAGGAGGAGGAGGAGGAGGAGGAGGAGGAGGAGGAGGAGGGAAGGUGCCAGAGUUCGUGGAGAAGCUGAGCGAUGUGACUGUGCUGGACGGGCAGCGGCUCCGGCUGCAGUGCCGCCUCGCCGCCCCGGGACCCGCAGACGUCACCGUCACCUGGACGCUGGACGGGAAGAUCAUCAAGCCGUCCAAGUUCAUCGUCCUCGCCAACGAAGGAGGCCUGUGCUCUCUGACCAUAGACAAAGCUCUACCAGAGGACGAAGGCCAGUAUAAAUGCAGAGCCGAGAACUCGGCGGGCAGAGCUGAAUGUUCCUGUAUGGUCCUCGUCGACGACCCGGCAGAAAACUCUCCGGCUGACAAGAAGUCCAAGAAGGCGACUCCGACCUCCGAGAGUGAAGCCAGAAUAAAGAAACCGACCGCCAAGACUCCUCCCAAACAAGCUCUGCCUCCGCAGAUCCUGCAGUUCCCGGAGGACAUGAAGAUCCUGGCGGGGGAGAAGGUGGAGAUCCUCUGCAAGUUCUCUGGAGCUCCGCCCAUCAGCUGCACCUGGCUGAAGUUCAGGAAACCAAUCCAGGAGGGCUCGGCCGACAUCUCCAUAGAGAGCUCUGACAGCAGCAGUAAGCUCACCAUCUGCAGCGGUCAGCAGGAGCACUGCGGCUGUUACACCGUCGAGCUGAGGAACGGCUUCGGCCUCCGACAGGCCGCCCUCAACCUCACCAUCGUCGAUAAACCCGACCCCCCAGCGAGGGUCCCUGCAGCCUCAGAUAUCCGGCGGGCCAGUCUGACUCUGUCAUGGUACGGGCCGACGUACGACGGAGGCAGCGCCGUGCAGUCCUACAACCUGGAGAUCUGGGACUCUGUGGAGCCGCAGUGGAAACACCUGGUGUCCUGCAACAGCACCUCCUACAACGUACAGAACCUUCUUCCAGAGCGUCAGUAUAAGUUUCGUGUCCGGGCGGAGAACAUCUACGGGGUCGGAGAGCCGAGUGCCGAAUCCGAACCCGUUACUGUCGGACUGGUGGAUGACAACCAGGACGAGGCCGAGGCAGAGGAGGAGGACGAAGACUCAGAGAAGGAGCCAGACUACAGAGACGUGACCAUCAGAGCCGACAUGAAGGUGAAGGAGCUCUACGACGUGGAGGAGAGGCUGGGAACGGGGAAGUUCGGCCAGGUCUUUAAACUGGUGGAGAAGGCGACGAAGAAGGUUUGGGCGGGGAAGUUCAUCAAGGCGUACUCGGCGAAGGAGAAGGAGAACGUUCGGCAGGAGAUCAGCAUCAUGAACAGCCUUCAUCACCCCAAACUGGUCCAGUGUAUCGACGCCUUCGAGGGCAAGUCUGACAUCGUCAUGGUGCUCGAGAUGAUCUCAGGUGGCGAGCUGUUUGAGCGGAUCAUCGACGAGGACUUUGAGCUGACGGAGAGGGAGGUGAUCAAAUACAUGCUGCAGAUCAUCGACGGCGUCAACUACAUCCACAAACAGGGCAUCGUCCACCUGGACCUCAAACCUGAGAACAUCAUGUGUGUCAACAAGACCGGCAGCAAGAUCAAACUCAUCGACUUCGGCCUCGCCAGGCGACUAGAAAACGCAGGAACUCUGAAGGUUUUGUUUGGGACUCCAGAGUUUGUGGCUCCAGAGGUGAUCAACUAUGAAGCCAUCAGUUAUCCCACCGACAUGUGGAGUAUAGGAGUCAUCUGUUAUAUACUGCUGAGCGGUCUGUCUCCCUUCAUGGGCGACAACGACAACGAGACUCUGUCCAACGUCACCUCGGCCUCCUGGGACUUUGAGGACGAGGCCUUCGACGAAAUCUCCGACAACGGCAAAGACUUCAUCACCAACCUGCUGAAGAAGGACAUGAGGGCUCGGCUGACCUGUGCUCAGUGUUUUGAACACACCUGGCUGAAGCAGGACACCAACACCAUGAAGGCCAAGAAGCUCUCCAAGGAGAGGAUGAAGAAGUACAUCCUGAGGAGGAAAUGGCAGAAAACGGGCCACGCUGUUCGAGCCAUCGGCAGACUGUCGUCCAUGGCCAUGAUGGCCGGAGUCAGCGCCAAGAAGGGCUCGCCCACCGAAGAGGAUAACCAGUUCCUGGAGUGUUUGGAGUACGAGCAGAAGACGGAGUGUAAGCCGACUUUCAGCGCAGUCAUCAAAGACGUGGAGGUGGUGGAGGGCAGCGCCGCUCGCUUCGACUGCAAGAUCGAAGGUUACCCUGACCCCGAGGUGGUGUGGUACAAAGACGACCAGCCCAUCAAAGAGACCCGACACUUCCAGAUCGACUACGACGAAGACGGAAACUGCAGUCUGGUCAUUUCAGAGGUGUCGGGUGACGACGAUGCGAAGUACACAGUGAAGGCGGUCAACAGUCUGGGGGAGGCGACCUGCACCGCCGAGCUGCUGGUAGAGGUGAUGGCCGGAGAGGAAGAGGAGGAGGAGGAGGAGGAGGAGGAAUAAAGCAGUGUUGGUCUGGACUCCCACAGGAAGAGGAGGUGGUGCUCCUCUUCAGCCUGUCAGACCUGAGCAGGACAAACUUACCCACAAAUAACAGAUUGUGUUGUUGUUAUUGGAGGAGCAGGUGGAGCGGGUUUGUAAUCAGCAUCUGCCACGAUUUUAAAAAACAUUGUCUCUAAAUUCCCCCGUCCGACCCCAUUUUCUUUAUUCAUAACUGCAAUUAUACUUCCUGUAAAUUGACUUACCUGCUCUAUGCUGUGUGCUAAGACCCGCCCACCUGACACCUCUGGAUAACUGAAGCCCCGCCCCUCGCAGGUUAGCAUUUGUUCAUUAGUGCGUUUCCUCUUAGAGUUUAUUUCAUUGCUCUUUCUCAAAGAUGUAGAAUUGAAACAGGAUACUUGAGUUUGGAGCUAACGUGUCGAUAAACUUGGUGACGAAGAAGAAGACUGCUAGCUAGCAAACACUGAUCCAAAAUAUUUUUUAAAAUCUGCUUUACAAAUGUUUUAUGAGGAAAAACUACAUUCAACGUGUUCGUUAGAUACGCGAGUUUUGGUGAGAAACACUAAACGUGAACGUUUGUUUACAAAGAAAUCUCCACAGGGAGCUUUACCAUUAACACCUACAUGAUGUUUAGACAGCAGUGCAGCGGCAAAGAGCUGUAGUUAUUAAAUGCUAACAAAAUAACCAUUGUUAUUAAAAUUAUGAGGUGGUAAACUUUUAUCUGAGAACAUGGAUAAAAACAUCCCAGCAUCAUAUUUCAGCUCUACACAAAGACCUUGACAAAAAACCUUACGAGGAAACACAUUGAUGAAGAGUCCUGAAGUACAAUCUAAUGCUAAUUAAUAUAAGAAAAUGUUUUUUCAUCAAACGUAUAACAAAUAACAUUCAGCUCCAGCUCCCAGGGCCCCUCAACCAGAGACUCAUGGGAGCUGUAGUUGUUGCGGGCGUGGGACUUCAGCUCUCUGUAUGACUAAACCAUGAAAUAUGUAACGUAUGUGAACCAGACCUGCUCCCUGUGAGAGUCCAGGUGAGGAAGAAGAUGGUGUGAUGGAAGCAGUGAAGAGGAAGAAUGAUGAAGGCAUUAUAGGGCUUUAUAUUCACAGAGUUGGGUCACCUAACGAAGUGGCUCACUGUGAGAAGAGUUAAAAAGCUCCAGGUAGCUAACGGCUCCAGGCAACAACGUAAAAGACAUCAGGAAGUGGUUUAUUGUGUUAGCGCUGCAGCUAACGGUGUGGUAAAGACAAAAGGAAUGAAAAUUACAUUUAUCACCUAAAGAUGAUGGAGAUUUUGCUGAUAAACUGAUCAGGUUGGGUAUUAACCCUCAGUAGAACCCUUUUCAUAUAGACAGCUAACUAACGUUUGUUAGCUAAUGUCACCUUUACUAAUGUUAGCUCAAUAGCUAAUAAAUGUUAGCUAAUUAGCAGCAGAGGCCAGGGCUGUGAGGACUGAAUUAAAACUAUUUUGAACCAUCAGAAUAAAUAAUUUAAAUCAAAUCACUUGUUCAAAAAUAAAAAUUAAUAAAUGGAUUAAUCAUGAAUGAAAAUAAUCAUUGGAUGCAACCCUAAAGCUAACUUCUGAUCUAGAACUAACUUCAGAUAGAGACCUAACUAAUGUUCGUUAGCCAGCGUCACCCUGACAAAUGUUAGCUCACAAGCUCAUAAACAUUAGCAGCAGAGGUCUGAGGAGUGAAUUCAAACAGCUUUGACCAUCUAAAUACAUUUUAUACAGAAUAUAUAGUUUAAAUUAGUUGACUAAUAAAUGGAUAAAUUAAUCAUUAGCUGCAGCAGUAAAGCUAACUUUAGAUAGAGCUUAUUAACAUUUGUUAGCUAAUGUCAGUCUGACUAAGGUUAGCUUUCUAGCUAAUACACGUUAGCUUACAUUAGCAGAGGUCAGGGCGGCAAGGAGUGAUUUAAAACCGCUUUGAACCAUCUGAACACAGUUUGUAUUGAAUAAAUAACUCAAAUUAGUUACAAAAAUAAUCAAUGGAUGAAUCAGAAAUGAAGGUAUUAGAUUGGGUGCAGCUGUAAAGCUAACAUAGAACUAAUGAGAAUUAAUAUUUUUAGCUAACGUCACUCCGACUAAUGUUAGUUCACCAGCUAACCAACAUUAGCUAAUUAGCAGCAGAGAUUUGGGAUGUGAGGAGUGAAUUAAAACACUCCUAGAGUGACAAUAGCUUACAUUUACCAGCUAAUGUCACCAUAACAAACAUUAGCUAAUAUUAGGAGUGAAUUAAAACAGUUUUGAACCGUCAAAAUACAAUUAAUACAAUUAAAAUAGUUAGCUUGGUAGCCAAUGUUGGCAUAAUCAACCCCACUCAGUGAUAUUAGCGCAGCUGUCAGGCAUGUUUUCCUUUUAAUUCUCCCUGAAAUUAUUGAAUUUUAUUUAUUAGAAGUAUUUUCAUUUUAGCGUUCUCCAAGUUUUUUUAUUUUUCUACGAGUGUGAAGCAGAGCGCAGUUGGAGUAAUGUGCCAUAGUCACCGUGUGGUGACAAAGUUUACUUCACCACACCGGGUUUCUGGGUAAUGAAGUCACCCUAAUUCAAACAGUUUUGUGUCGUUGCCACUUUGAGCCGCGAAAAAGCAGCAAAAAUCUUCAACACGUGCCACCAAGCGCCUUAAUGCCAAUGCGACCCAACUGUGUCAAUAUAAGGCUCAGGGUGAGACCCAGAACGAUGGCAGUGAUGGUGAUAAAUUAUAACGAUAACCCAUUUUUAGUGUAUGUUUGCAUCUGAUAUGUUCAGCUGAGAAAUGGUCAGUUUGGUUCUUCUCUUCUGUUUGAGCACUUUUCUUUCUGUCUUGUUUGAGUUUUGACUUCGACAGCAGUUUUACCCCCAAACAGGUAACAUCACCUCUGCCUUACGUUGUUAGCCUUAAAGCAACUCCGUGACACUUUUCAUGACAGUCUGGGCGAUUUAUAAUUUUUCUACCAGACAUUUGUCACGUUGUGGAACUAAAUAGGUUGUUUUUUUUUCCUUUUGGCUGCCUUAAAAAGACGUUUGUUAGCAGUGUUAGCAAAAGAUGUUCUCCAUGAUGAAAUGCCCCUAAAAUUCCCAGAAUGUGCUUUGAACGUCAACACAGUCCACAGCUUUGAAACAUCAAUAGUGACCUGGGAGGACUUUUUGAGAAUUUACGAAAAUUAGAUCAGAUUGUCUCUUAAAGUCUGUAUGGAGGCAAAAUUGCAGUUUAUGAUUGUCAGUCAUUUGUACAGAAGCGCACUGUAUUCACAUUGUUCGACAUUUUCUCUGUAUCUUGUAAAUAUGACUUAGCGUCUCAUAGUUACAAGAUAAAAAUCCCAUAAUUACAAUAUCUUAUCUCCUACGUAUUUCGUAAUUACGAGAUGUUUAUCUCAUAAUUAUAUUGUAUCUCGCAACUAUGACAUAAGAUUCUGUAAUUUCGAGAUGCUAAGUCAUAAUUCCGAGAUCUUAUCUCACAGUUACGAGAUACAAAUCUUGUAAUUACGAGAUCUUUUUUCAAAAUUACAAGAUUUGUAUCUUGCAAAUAUGAGAUGAAGAUAUCUAAAAAUUACGAACUUGCGAGAUACAGAUCUCUAUUUCUCGGAUCUCAUACAGUAAUUAUGAGACACUACAGAUCUUAUCUCUUUAUCUCGUAACUACGAGAUACGUUUCUUGUAAUUUCAAGAAAAGACCUUAUUUUUACUAAAUUUUACCUCAAAAUUAAGAAAUCUGUAUCUCGUAAAUAAGAUAUGGAUUUUGUAAUUUUGUGGUACAAUUGUAAUUAUUUGGUUUUCAUACGUAUUUCCUCAUUUUUCAAUUACAAGAUAGGGAUCUCGUAAUUAUGAGACAACAUUUCCGAUAUUUCUUCUUUGGUGAAUGCCGUGCACAAGUCAGUGCAAAUGAAACGAUUUCUGCAAAUAUUACAAAUCCUUUCAAGUUUGUUGUUCUGUAAUAAUAAAUAUCACGAAAUGUCCCAUGAAGAAGGAAAACCUUCCUAACAUGUCCCUUUUUUAUUUCUGAUUAUGAGUCACAAGAACAUCGUGUUUGACAAAUAAAAUCUAAAGUAAUUGCAAUUUAUUAUAUUGUUCUACUUUUCUCUCGUCGUUCUGUGAAAACAGCGUACGUGUCUGAAGGUGAGCCCUCUCAGGCAGACCUGCUCGCUCAGUGCGUCUGGUCCCAGGUGAGUCGGCGUGGGGCUGAAACCCGGGCGUUCACGCUGAUGUCGAAGUCGUAUUUUUUUUUUGCCACAUUCCAGCUGUUUGUUUGUGCUUUGAAACAUUUAUUUAAAGGCUUUAAGGGCUGAUUCAGUUUUCAACCAAGAACCAAAGAAACGUCUUUAAAAGUUCACAGGUGUGUUUGUGUGUGACCUGCAUUACGUCACCUGGGCCUGUUUGUGUGUUUGGUGGUUGUUUGAUUUUAAGAAUGUUUUAUUUUUAGACUUAUUUAAUGCACAGAUUCAUAAUUAUAAUAUUAUCAUUUGAGCAUCCGUCUUCUUGGAGAUCUUCUCGUCAGCACUUAAUUUGUCACAGUUAUUACCCCCCAGUACUAAACCAAGCAGUGGACUCACUCCUAGACUGAUUUGUUUUGUAUUAGAUGUAUGUAGAUUAUAUUUCUCUAAUUUUUAUAAAUAUAUAUCAGUUUGAUGAACUGCAGAUGACAUGUAUGAGAACACUACGACUGUAGUUACUCACAGAUACCAAAUAAAUUUAUCACAAAACCAAA